UUUCAGGGUGGGAGCAUUUGCCUUCCUCCUCAGUGGUGAAGGAGUGGGCAAAUGGGACAGGACCCAGUAAAGACAGGGUAAUCUGUUAAAAACUGCAGAACCAUUGCAGGUGACUACUUGCUGGCAGAAUAGCCCAGUAGAAAAAGGAAAAGAGAUGAUAUGGGUGUGUAGAUAGGGGUGGGGGCUGCUAACUGCAUAUUGUAAAUUGUGUGACCAAAGAGAUCAAGCUCUUGAGGAAAAGGUAAUUUUGUAGAAGGAACUGGCUGAGUUACAAAGUAAACUGUCUAUGCUACAAUGUCAGAAUUUCAUGGGGGGGAGAGGUGGGAGAGGGGUCAAGUAUGUAAUUAUCAGAGUGUGGCAGAGAAGGCAGCUGUUAGAGCACGCAGCAUAAACAUAAGGGAAGGGAAGGGAAGUAUAAUAAAAAGUAAGGGCAUACUUCUAUCGGUACUGCAAGAGUGGAAUGGGAUCCUGACAAGUGGGACUGGGACUUCUGGGAUGAGACUGAGGGUGAGGGCAGUUUACACAAUGAGGCAUGAAAAUACCAUGAGCAAAAACAUCUGAACAAUGGCUUAGCACCAAUCACAGUGGGAGAAAAAGAAAAGUAUGGGGGAGCAGGUAAAGGAUAUGGGGAAAAUCAGGCUUUUAAGUAAGUGACUGAGGAUUUUACUCCACAAGAAAUUACUGAUAUCAUUAGUAGGUUUACCCAAAAGCCUGGAGAACUGUUAUGGACCAGAACUCUGAACUUGAAACAAAGGAUUCUUACAACGUACUGAGUCAGUGGAAUUGAUAGAGACAAUAGUUAUCUAAUUUAGCAUCGUUUGGUAUGAUUGAUUUAAUCCUACAAGGAGAUAUUAUGGGCCAGAACUUGAAACAAGGUACUAAGUGAAAUUGAGGAGACAGUGGUUAAAUCUAGUUUAGUAUUGAUUUAAUUCUACAACAAAUAAUGGUUUCCUAGUGAUAUAAUGAUUGGUGUAUACUAUAUAUGUGGGGCAUAUAAGCUAGAAGCUCUCAGGGUCAGGAAGGACAAGCGCACUAGAAGGUCUCGGAGGCUGAGACAGAUUCAUUCCAUUGUCCACCUUUGUGGUGGCUGAAGCACAAACCUUUGGAUAUUUAGAGAGAUUCAGAGGGCAGAGAAGGAGGCAGGAGCUCAAGGUCAUGGAACUAAGAAGAGAGGAAGGCCUCCAGAAAACUAUAGGUAUCUGCUUUAAUCUUUGGCCAGUGACUGGGCCAACUGGCACCUCUAAUAACUGUACGAUCCGCACCUAUGUCUACCAAUCCUUCCAAUGGUAAGCCAUUUAUAGGAGAUAGGACUUAGAAAGAGAUAAUAAAGGAUUUGGACUUUAAUACCUGGCUGCACUUGUAGUUGACUAAUCAAGUUGACUAAUACUGAUUGGAAUAGAGUAGUCACCCAAAUGACUUUCCCUGGUUUAGGGAUGAGGUCUAUAUCUCUCUUGGUAGAAUAUUUUUCCUAUUUUCAGUAAUCAUUUGUGAAGUAUGGAUACUAACAGUUCUUUCCAAAUUUGAUAAAAUUCUCAUAAAUCUAUUGGAAAUUAGAGAGAUUUUUUUUCUUCUUUUUAUUCACAUAUAUCUAAAUUGGUUUCCUUUUUUGAGAUUAAACUAUUUAAGAAUUUUAUCUGGUCUUCUAAUAGAGCAUUUCCUGUUUUGAGAGUUAUUCUUUCAUUUAUUUAUUGUGUGUUCUUACUUUCCUUAACAUAUAAUUGUUAAUAAUAUUAUGAUUAAUUUUUUUUUAUUCCUUCAAUCCUUACUAUAAUUUUUUGCCUUUCUUUUGUUUUAUAGAUUUGGUUUUCUGCUUCCACUUAAUUAAAUUAGCUAAGCAUUUUAUCAACUUUAUUAGUUAUUUUCAAAGAACUCAUUUUGGGUUUGAUUUGCCAUUUUUCAUUUCCAAUUUAUCUAUUUAUAUGUUUUCUUUUGUGCUUAUUUUAGCUAUAUUUCUUUUCUUAAUUUUUUAAAGUACACAUUUAUAAAGUACAUGAUUUAUUUAUUUUGUCUUUUUCUAUAUUCUGAAUGUAUGAUUGCAAGGAUAUAUUGUCUCCCUGAGGACUGCUUUAGCUGAAUCCCACAAAGUUUGGCAUGUUAUUUCAUCAUUAUUAUUUGAUUUUAUGAAGUUAUCAUUUCUGGUAUCUUUUUCUUUAACUCAGAUGUCCUUUAGUAUGUCAUUGCUAAGUCUGCAUUUGGUUGUAGUCAACCAAUUUCCAUUCUUAUUUUACUAGGAAACAAAAGGAUAUAUUGCUUAUUUCUGCCUUUUUACAUUUACAUUUAUUUGCAGUAUUUUUGUGCCCUAGUGAUUACCUUUUAUACAAACUCCACGUGUUGCAAACAAAUAUCCAUAUUACUUUGUUGUCCCAUUUUUAAAAUGUCAUGUCUUUUAACUCUAAUUUCUCCAAAAGUUUGCUUAUCUCACUUUUCAUCUCAUACUUCCCUCAUUUUUUCCUUUCACUUACUCAUAUAGAUCUGCCUUUCUCUCUUUCCCUUCAUCUAGAACUGUUCAUUACUUUUUUCUUUAAUUUCAUCCAUUUUCUUCCCUUUUCCAAUAAGGAAUUUUUUCCUCUUCAUGGUUCUUCUCUUUCUGUUUUACCUAGAUUCUCAUUCUGAGAUCCCUACAUCCUAUAGGUAUAAAAGGUGUUCAGUAAAAACUUGUUCCUCUAAUUGGUGAUGGUUGUUGAGAAUUCUAGAAAAUUUUCAGGCCAUCUCCCCAGAAUUCUGUUCUCAUCAAUAAUCAAGGUGGCUCAAUUGGUAUACCAUAUAUCUUUGGUCCAUAAAUAGCCUUCUGAGUAUCAUAAAGAUACUUUGGAGUAUUACUGCCUUUUUAAAAAUACACAUUUCUUUAUAAAUCACGUUGGGAGAGAAAAAAUCAGAACAAAAGGAAAAAAACACAAGAGAAAAAAGAGAGAGAAGAAAAAGAGGGAGGGGGAAGGAAACAUAGCAUGUGUUGAUUUAUAUUCAAUCUCCAUAAUUCUCUCUCUGGAUGCAGAUGGCAUUUUCUAUCCAAAAUUUAUUGAGAUUUCCUUGGAUCACUGAGCCACUAAGAGGGGCCAUGUCUUCAAUAGUUGAUAAUCGUGGAUUAUUAUUAUCGGGAUAAAACUGAAUCACAUCUGCCUUCAUACUGAACCAAGAAUCCUGCAUCUCUCUAAGUUUUGCUUGUGCCUUAAUUUUGAUGGAGUGAAAUGCCUUCUUAGAGAUGGAUGAACUGUCCUACUUGGAGUUUAAUUUUUAUUAAAGGGUCCAUGAUCCCCUCCAAUAAAGUAUACCUCAGAUCUUCAUCAUGAUCUUGGAGUUUGAUUUUUUUCCUCAUUUAGCAGUUUCUGAAUUUCCCAUCAUCUUCAUUAAAAAAGUCUUCAUGUUUGCAAUUGUGCUGACCCAGAUGAGUAAAUGCAGUGCUGUACACCAAAUCUUGGAAAGCUGCCCACUCCUUUUUGGCUCAACUGUUGCCAUCCAUGUGUUGGCUCAACUUUCCCUCCAAGUCAGCAACAAACUGUUCUUACUCACAUAAGUGCUUUUGAGUAACAUUGGAAGUUAUGAAGAUAUUAAGUCUUCUGAUACUCAUCUUGCUUUAGGGCAGCUCCUUUUUUUUUUUUGAAGGCAAAAUAGAACUUGGAGAGGAUUAGUUUACGAUCUGAACAGUACUCUGCCCCCAUAUUGUCUUUGUCACUGUCCCAUGCUGCCUGUCUCUUCCCUCUACAAUCAGAAAGUCUAUUCAGUGCUAAUGUUUGCUGUGAUGAUGCAUCCAUGAAGUUUUACUGUAUUAGCAACAAGAUCAAUUUGUAAUCAUACAUCAACUGUGAUGGACUUGGCUCUUUUCAACAAUGUGGUGAUUCAAGGCAAUUCCAAUAGAUUUGUGAUAGAAAAUGCCAUCCACAUCCAGAGAGAGGGCUAUAAGGACUAAAUGUGGAUCACAACAUAGAAUUUUCAUUUUUUUUUUUGUUAUUGUUGGUGUUUGCUUUUUUUUCUUUUCUCUUUUCUCUUUUAGUCUGACUUUUCUUGUGCAGCAUGAUAAUUGUGGAAAUAUGUACAGAAGAAUUGCACAUGUUUAAUAUAUAUUGGAUUACUUGCUUUCUAAGAGAAGGAGUGGGCAAAAGGUAGGAGAAAAAUUCUGGAACACAAGGUUUUGCAAAGGUGAAUGUUGAAAACUAUCUGUGCAUAUGUUUUAAAAACUUUAAGCUUUAAACAAUGCUUAACAAAGCUUUAAAAAUUAAAAAAAAACAUGAAAAAAAGGCAACACUAUAUACUUAGGGAGCUGAAUCCCACGGCUGCUUACCUUUGCUGCCUGUGUUUAGAGUGGUGUUUCCGGCUCCGAUUACAUCUGCAUCUACUGCAUCACUUAUCUGCUGCCACAGGAUUUUGAGAAAUGGUCACAUGGUCUGGAUGAUGUCUUCUGACCCAGGCACAAGCUGGAUUUCAGUGGGCCAGGGUUGUGCAGAGUUGUCACAGUGCAGUGGCAGGACACAGUUAAGACACCUGGCCAUGGAUCCAGGUGCAGUGGAUGACCUUGACAUCUUUGAUAGCUAACCAAGUUCUAAGCACUCCACAGCACCGGCUGCAGCGCAUUUAUGGCCCCUGGAGCAGAUUGUCCUCAUCCACCCAUCCCACCGGAGUAAGUCUUCACUUCUUGGGGGAGACGUCUCCUAACUCACCAACGAGUUUGAGAUCCUUGGCUUACCCUGAACCUGAUUUAGCCUGUCCCCCACAAGGGCUUACUGGGCUGUGGCCACUGUCUGCUCCGGCCUCGCGGAGUCACAGAUGAGAGACAGGUGGAGGUCCUAGUCUUACAGCCCCAAAUCCCCUACAAUUCUGAUCCAAUCUCCUUCAAUCUCUGUUAGAGUUCCUUAUCACGCGGCGCUGAUGCCCAAUGUUGAGAGCAUUUGGCCUUUAGGUCUGGCCUGCUUGUAGAGGGUCGAAGCUCCGAACAGGAGACGGCACCGCAAUUUUCCGAGAGCCAGUUCCUCAGAGAACAGGAUUCCCCACUUUCCGUUACUCUGGCGCCGCAGUUUUAUCAGGAUGCUCUUUCUGCUCGGAAGGAGAAAGGGCUGAGUCUUGCAGGAAAGGAGGGGCUGGAGGCGCUGGGGGAGGAGCGAUGACCAGCCCGGUGGGGGGUGGCCCAGGUGGAGCGCGAGCACGGGGCGGAGUUUAGAGGAAUGGGCGGAGUUUAGGUCGGAAGAGACCAUUGUGUGGAGGGGGCAGACUUUAGGGAGAAGAAGCUGUGACAGUUCUUAAGUCCCUGCCUGGGUGACUGAAGGAAAGGGCUCAAGCAACCUAGGGGCUUCAGCGGUUAGACAGGGAGACAUCCACCCCCUCCCAGCGGUCCGGAAGCAGGAAGUCUCUGAGCCGAGACCGGAAGCUGGAAGCCUUGGAGCCGAGAUCGUUCUGCCUUCCCCUGUAGCUGAAAUCGCUCUGUCUUCCCUACAGCUGCGAUCGCUUUGUCUUCUCUGAGCUGAGAUCCCUCUGCCCUCUCUGAGCUGAGAUCCCUCUGCCUUCCCUGGAGCUGAGAUCGCUCUGCCUUCCCUGGAGCUGAGAUCCCUCUGCCUUCCCUGGAGCUGAGAUCCCUCUGCCUUCCCUGGAGCUGAGAUCGCUCUGCCUUCCCUGGAACUGAAAUCGCUCUGCCUUCUCUGAGCUGAGAUCCCUUUGCCUUCUCUGAGCUGAGAUCCCUUUGCCUUCUCUGAGCUGAGAUCCCUUUUCCUUCUCUGAGCUGAGAUCCUUCUGCCUUCCCUGGAGCUGAGAUUCCUCUACCUUCCCUGGAGCUGAGAUCUCUCUACCUUCCCUAUAGCUGAGAUUGCUCUGCCUUCUCUGAGCUCGGAUCGCUUUGCUUUCUCUGAAUUGAGAGAUCUCUGUCUUCCCUAUAGCUGAGAUCUCUCUACCUUCUCUGAACUGAGAUCCCUCUGCCUUCCCUAUAGCUGAGAUCCCUCUGCCUUCUCUGAGCUGAAAUCCCUCCGCCUUCUCUGAGCUGAGAUCCCUCUGCCUUCCCUGUAGCUGAGAUCCCUCUGCCUUCUCUGAGCUGAAAUCCCUCCGCCUUCUCUGAGCUGAGAUCCCUCUGCCUUCCCUGUAGCUGAGAUCCCUCUGCCUUCCCUGUAGCUGAGAUCCCACCGCCUUCUCUGAGCUAAGAUCCCUCUGCCUUCUCUGUAGCUGGGAUCUCGCUGUCUUCCAUAUAUCUGAGUUCUCUCUACCUUCUUAGAGCUAAGAUCGCUCCGCCUUCUUUGUAGCUGAGAUCUUCUGUCUUCUCUGAACUGAGAUCGCCCCGUCUUCCCAAUGGCUGAGAUCUGUCUUCUCUGUAGCUGAGAUCUCUCUACCUUCUUUGAGCUGAGAUCGCUCCGCCUUCCCUGAGGCUUGAGAUCUCUCCGUCUUCUGGAAGCCAGAACUGUGCGUGCUCAGGGAGCCUGGAGCCAGAAGGAAUGGGCCCUGGGAGCCUCAGACCCCCUCCUCAGGAGAUAGUGACAUUCAAGGAUGUUGCUGUGGACUUCACCCAGGAAGAAUGGGGCCUCUUGAACUAUCCUCAGAAGGAGUUGUACAAGGAGGUCAUGUUGGAGAAUGUCUGGAACCUGCUCUCCUUAGGCUUUCCAGUUCCCAGAGAAGAUGUGAUUUCUUAUUUUGAGGAAAGGGAAGCACAAUGGAUGCUGGACCCAAAAGGCCUAAGGAGCUGCCCUUCAGGAGAGAUCAGACUCCAAAUGAAAAAUAUUGCAGAAUUCAGCCCUUCUGUGGAUGAAAUUCACAAGCAAACAUUCAUGAAUGAUGGUCCCUGUGUUUUCACUUGGAGAGAAAUCUGUGCUACAUAUGAGAGAAUCCACACUGGACAGAAAUAUGAUUGUAACCAAUGUGGAAAGGCUUUUAUACAGAGUGCUCUUCUUAUACAUCAGAGAAUCCACACAACAGAGAAUUCUCAUGAAUAUAAUCAAGUGAAGAACUAUUGUAAUACGCAUCAGAGAGUCCACACUGGAAAGAAACAUUAUGAAUGUAAUCAAUGUGGAAAGACUUUUACACGGAGGGAUGGUUUUAAUGCACAUCAGAGAAUGCAUACUGGAGAGAAACCUUAUAAAUGUAAUCAAUGUGGAAAGGCUUUUAGAGUUAAGCGUUAUCUUCUUGCACAUCAGAAAGUUCACACUGGAGAGAAUCCUUAUGAAUGUAAACAAUGUGGAAAGACUUUUACAUGGAAGAGUGGUUUUUUCCGACAUCAGAGAAUCCACACUGGAGAGAAGCCUUAUGAAUGUAUUCAGUGUGGAAAGGCUUUUACAUGGAAGACUGGUUUUAUUCACCAUCAGAGAACCCACACUGGAGAGAAACCUUAUGAAUGUAAACUAUGUGGAAAGCUUUUUACACAGAGUGCUCAUGUUAUAGUACAUCAGAAAAUCCACACUGGAGAGAAUUCUCAUGAAUGUAAACAAUGUGAAAAAUCUUUUAGAGUGAGUAGCUAUCUUACUGCACAUCAGAAAAUCCACAAUAGCCAAAAACCUCAUGAAUUUAAACAAUGUGGAAAUGCUUUUUCACAGAACUCAAGUUCACAUCAGAAAAUCCACACUGGAGAAAAUUAUGAAUGUAAUCGAUGUGGAAGGGCUUUUACACAGAGGAUUCAUCUUAUUAAACAUCAGCGAAUUCACACUGGAGAGAAACCUUAUGAAUGUAAUCAAUGUGGAAAAGCUUUUACAUGGAAGAAUAAGCUUACUAAACAUCAAAGAAUUCACACUGGAGAGAAACCUUAUGAAUGUAAUCAAUGUGGAAAGGCUUUUAGAGAAAAGAGAUUUCUUACUGAACAUCAGAGAACCCACACUGGAGAAAAACCUUAUGAAUGUAACCAAUGUGAAAAGGCUUUUAGAGAAAAAAGAUUUCUUAUUGAACAUCAGAGAAUCCACAGUGGAGAGAAACCUUAUGAAUGUCAACAGUGUGGAAAAGCUUUUACACAGAGGGCUCAUCUUAUUAAACAUCAGAGAAUCCACACUGGAGAGAAUGCUCAUGAAUGUAAUCAAUGUGAAAUGUCUUUUAGAGUGAAACGAUAUCUUAUUGCACACCAGAGAAUACACACUGGAGAAAAUCUUUAUGAAUGUAAACAAUGUGGAAAGGCUUUUACACGAAAGACUGUUUUUUUCCAACAUCAGAGAAUCCAUACUGGAGAGAGGCCUUAUAAAUGUAAUCAGUGUGGCAAGGCUUUUACAUGGAGGACUGGCUUUUUUCAACAUCAGAAAAUCCACACUGGAGAGAAGCCUUAUGAAUGUAAUCAGUGUGGCAAGGCUUUUACAUGGAGGACUGAUUUUAUUAAACAUCAGAGAAUCCACACUGGAGAGAGGCCUUAUGAAUGUCAACAAUGUGGAAAGGCUUUUACACAGAGGGCUCAUCUUACUAAACAUCAGAGAAUCCACAUUGGAGAGAAUUCUCAUGAAUGUAAUCAAUGUGAAAAGUCUUUUAGACUGAAGAGUUAUCUUAUUGCGCACCAGAGAAUCCACAGUGGAGACAAUCUUUAUGAAUGUAAACAAUGUGGAAAGGCUUUUACACAAAGCACUCAUCUUAUUGUACAUCAGUGUAAUCAAUGUGAAAAGUCUAUGAGUAAAGAGCUAUCUUAUUGCACAUCAGAGACUUCAUAAUUAGGAAAAUCCUUAUGAAUGUAACUAUUGGAGAAAGACUUUUCCACAAAAAUCCAAUCUUUUUCAAUAUCAGAGAAUCCACACUGAAGGGAAACUUGAUGAUUGUAAUCAAUGUAGUAAAACCUUUAGCCUAAAGUCAGUGCUUGUUUACUGUCAGAUUUGUGGAUGAUAUAGAAAUCAUAUAUGAGGAAGGCAUAGAAAUGAAGCAUAAAACUGUUUUAACAGAAAAUUCACUCUGAACUCAAGGAUUUAUAAUGAAAGGAGACUUUAGGAAUGUGCUCAGUGAGACCAUGCUUUUCUCUAGCAUAUGGAGGUCACUGGUGAAGGUUAAGUUGUGUCUGACUAUAACAGACUAGUCAGAUGAGAAAAAUAAUAAGCUUCCUGGAGGAGACAAUACGCUCAUAAAUCACACAAUUCAAUGAGAGAAUAAUUCUCUGGAUGAUCUCAGAAAUAGAAUGUCUUCAGAAUAAGGAAAAGACAUUUUGUCAUUAUUGGGUCAACUGGCAAACUAUAUUGAAUAAAGGGGAGAAAAAUGAUUUCUUUGAUCAAAGGUAUAAAAAUGGAGGAAAUUUCAGGGAAUAUUGUAGUCUUCUGCAGGCCAUCAACAUGCAACAUAUCACUGCAUGUGGCAAUCAAGAAGUUUCUCAUUAACUUGAAAUAGUUUCUGCCUCCUGGAUUUUGUGACCCAACAAUCCUAGAGUUGAGGAAUUCUGAUGAACUUGAGACAGAACAAAAAACUAUCAUGUAAAAAAAUAAAAACUAGCCACUACUGAGCAGACAAGAGGUCUUGAAAUCUAAAAAGCUUCCCAUGGUUCCUCCUGCUCUGCCAGCCUAGAAAGGAAAUCUAAAGGAGGAACUAAAUUCCAUAUAAGAGGUUUCUGUUGUCCUUGCCACACUCACUCUACAAAUCAGUGAAAGCCUUAGGUAAUUGUGACAGCCCCUCAUCAGAGUAAUGGUUUCUCAUUCAGAGAUCAACAUGUUGGAUCUAAGGGAGCAAUUCAAAAGGCACUAGGGGAAAUCUCUGUUCUUUCAAGCAAAGUCUGAGAAGGUCUUCCUUUGCCAGGAAGAACAAACACUGCUAGGAAGAAAGGUUUCUAACCAAAUUCAUUUGGAUGCUAAUGACGAUGCAAGCCACCUCUUGUCUAGUCACUGGAAGGGGCUUCAAGGGCCCUCUAGUCCAAACUCAUAUCUGCAUAUACCUGAUAGGGAGCCUGUUAUUAAGAAACUUGUCAUCAUGUCCAGCUGCCUCUUAUAUACUCUUUGGUCCUAGGGAAUCCCUCUAGGGCCAAGCAGAACAAGAGUGAUUCUUCCUAGACAUGAAAGCUUUUCAGGUAUUUAAAGAAUAUUUCGUGUUGCCCAAGUUUUCUUUUCUUCAGGUUAAGCAGCCUCAGUUUUUUCAGCUAGUCCUCAUUUGGCAAAAUCUCCAUCAUAUUCAUAGGCUUUCUCUGGAUGUAUUCAGAUUUAUCAGUACCCCUUGUUGAUUACCUCCCCUUCAUCACAGAUAGGUAGAAACAUGUAUGUUCUCUGUCAUGUUUAUUUCUGUGUUGUCACUUCCAUUAGACUGUGAGCUCCUUAUGAGCAGGGAAUGUCUUUUACCAUUUUUUGGUGUCCCUGGGUCAGAAGCUCAGUUCAGUACCUGGAAUAUAAUAGGUGCUUAACACAUGCUUGUUGACUGUUAUAAACUGGUCUGAUCAAGUCAGGCAAGGUAUAACAGGACUAUCACCUCUAUCUACAAAGAGGGAUUGUCAGGACUUUCUUAGAACUUUGCCUUUCCAAUUUGUCUUGUCUACAAAAUGACCAAUCUUCCAUUGACGCAAAAAGAUGGGGGGGGGGGGGGAGCGGGGAAGGGAGAGAUUUAAAGAAAGCAAAUGAUUCUUCCUUCACCUCCCUAAGUCUAAGAUGGAAGAAAAUUGUGACAGUUGUGGUAAUCAUCUUAUCAGUUGUAUUGUUUUCCUUCCAGGGUUUCUAUUGCUUUUGCAGUUUCCAUUUAUAAAUGGUACCAUCCCCCCUGAUUGUACCCAAAAAGGCUCAAAAAAACCCAUUUAGAGCCACUCCAGGGAACCUGUGGAAGAUAUUCAUAAAGUAUGCAUGGGUGGCUUUCAGAAAUGGAAUAUGAGAUUAUGGUUGGUAAAAGCCAUACCAAGGUAAUAAAACUAUUACAAGGA